GCGGAGCGGGCAAGAUCGGAACUAUACUCAGAGACGUGUGUUCUCUCUUGAGGGCGAAGCAGGGUGCGAUAGGUGGGCGCCUGUCGAGGAGAGGAUGUGAACGAAACCGCCGGACGGAAAGAGCCGAGAGAAGGCGCGGAAAGAGCCGACGUCAGUAUUGAAGUGCGAGAUCUCGAAAUUGCACCCUCCUCCACCUGCCGCAUGGUAAGGAUCAGGGAGCAUAUAUAAGGAAGGAUGCUGGGCUAGGAAGGACGGGGAUGGCAGGGCGAGCGAGCCAAGCAACAAUGCCGGCACACCAGGUUGUAGUUGACAGCUGGGACAAGGCCCUCGAUGGCGUGGAAGCGGGCCAGUCGAUUGCCUUUGGUGGCUUCGGUCUGAGCGGGGUGCCCAUCGACGCCAUCCACCAGAUCCGCCGCCGGCGCUCGCUGAAGGACAUCACCGCCGUCAGCACCGAGAGUGGCAUCAGCGACUUUGGCCUGGGCCUGCUCAUCGAAAGCGGACAGAUCAGACGCCAGAUCUGCUCCUUUGUCGGGCGAUGCAAGGUCAUGGAGAGGGCAUAUCUCGACGGCCACCUCGAGCUCGAGUGGAGACCGCAAGGGUCGCUCGCCGAGGCUCUGCGUGCGGGCGCGGCCGGCAUGCCUGGCAUCUAUACGCCGACGGGGGCCAACACCUGGAUCGAAAGCGGCGAGGUGCCGAUGAAGUACGACAGUAAAGGAAAUGUGGCAAAAUACUGCCCCAAACGCGAGACGAAGAUGUUCAACGGCCGCAAGUUUCUCUGGGAGACGGCCAUCACACCCGACGUGGCCUUUGUCAAGGCCAAGGUGGCUGACCGGCUCGGCAACUGCCGAUUCGCCACGACGGCGCGCAACUUCAACGUCGUCAUGGCCCAGGCUACGAGCCUGACGAUCGUCGAGGCUGAGCGCAUCGUCGACAUCGGCGAGCUGGCCCCCGACGACAUCCAUCUCAACGGCAUGUACGUCGACCGGGUGAUCCAGGCCGAGAGGCGCGAGCCCGUGUACGAGCGCCUCGUCUUUGCCGACGAGCAAGGCCAGGGCAGCUUCGACGAGGCCAGGCACCUCAUCUGCCAGCGCGCCGCCCAGGAGUUUGCCGAUGGCAUGUACGUCAACCUGGGCGUGGGUAUGCCCACCGAGGCGGCCGCGCUGGCCAAGACGGACGUGCACAUCCAGACUGAAAACGGCCUCGUGGGCGUGGGCGGCCUGCCGCGCAGGGGCGAGCAGGACCCGGACCUGAUUGACGCGGGAAAGGCGUGCAUCCGGUACCGCCCCGGGGCCGCUGCCUUUGACUCGGCCGAGAGCUUUCUUCAGAUCCGCGGCGGCCAUCUGUCGCUGUCGAUGCUGGGCGCCUACGAGGUGUCGCAGUACGGCGACCUGUCGAACUGGAUCAUACCGGGGAAAAAGGUGUCGGGCAUGGGAGGUGCCAUGGAUCUCGUCUCCAACCCACUGCAUACACGCAUCAUCGUGCUGACCAAGCACAACCAGAAGGGGAGCAACAAGAGCAAGAUCGUCGGGCAGUGCUCGCUGCCCCUCACGGGCGCCCGCUGCGUGUCGAGAAUCAUCACGGAAAAGGCCGUCUUCGACGUCGACCCACGCGAGGGUCUCACACUUGUCGAGAUGGCAAGGGGCCUCACGGUAGACAAGCUCAGGGCGCAGACCUCGGCGCCGUUCAAGGUGGCUACAGAUCUGAAGGAGAUCCAGACGGAGCCCGCACGGCCCACUUCGAAGCUGUGACGAGGCUGUUCGCACGCAAUUGACAUAUUCUAGACAUCCGCUUUAUCCGAAGAAUCCCUGCAGGCCGGCCGUCGAUCCAAGGCAAAAACCGACGUGAACCCCGCAUUUU